AUGCAGUUCACCACCAUCGCAACUCUGCUCUUCGUCGCCCUCGGCGCUGCUGCUCCCACCGAGCAGUACCUCCCAGAGAAGGGCGAUGGCUCUGGCUCCAACCUCUGCUCCAACGACCAAAAGGCCGCCUGCUGCGAUGGCAGUGGCACUGGUCUCCUCGGUGGCGUCUUGGGCGGUAUCCUCAGCGGCAACUGCGCUCUGACCGUCAUUGGCGGCUCUUGCACGCAGGGCUCGAUUGCUUGCUGCCCUACCUCUGGCCAGACCGGCCUUGUCAACGUCGGCAGCAUCUGCGCUCCAAUCACUCUCUAG